GGGAGGCUGAGGGGAAGCCAGUCUUGCUUCUCGAGACGAUGACAUACUUCAGCUACGACGUUAUGUCCGCCCUUGCCUUCGGAAAGCCAAUGGGCUUCACCACUGGAGAGUCGAGUGCAGUCGCGGACAACAUUUUGAAUACCUUCACGCAAAGUCUCAGUGCGAUGGGCAUCAUGUACCACAUGCCCUGGAUGAUGAACGCUCUCGGUGUUAUCACAUCUCUUGCAGGUCCAUUGAAGGACUGGACAGACUGGAGCAUCAGCCAAAUGAAAGCCCGCAUGGCAAUGAUAGAUGGCCCUCCUGACUUGAUCGGAGAGCUGAUUGAGAAUACCUCGGACGACGACGCAGGCCGUGCCCUUCUCUACGGCGAGUCGCGUCUCAUAAUCAGCGCAGGCAGCGAAACCACUUCGUCGGCACUGACAUUCAUCUUCAUGCAGCUUGCAACGCAUCCGCAUUAUAUGCAAGCUGUCCGCGAGGAGCACCGCGCGAAUCAGUCUGAUUAUCACUGCUUCAGACCAUUACCGCUUCUUGACGCCGUUAUCAACGAGUCGAUGCGCCUUUGGCCGUCCAUCUUCUUUGCUUCGCAGCGUGUUACCCCUCCCGAAGGACUCACAAUCAAUGGCCGUUUUAUUCCGGGCAACAUGAUCGUGCAGAUACCCCCAUUUGUGCUGAACCGCGACGCUCGCAAUUUUACGAGACCUGAUGAGUUCGUACCCGAACGAUGGACGACCAGAGAAGACCUUGUGCUCAACAAAUCGUCAUUCCUACCAUUCUCCACAGGAUCGUACAGCUGCGUAGGCAAAACGCUGGCCUACAUGGAGUUGCGUAGUGUGAUUAGACGAGUGGUCAACGAGUUCGACAUUGUCCUGCCGGAGGGAUUUGUAGCAGACGAGUACUGGAACGGGAUCAGAGAUCACUUUACCGCAGGACCACCAAAGCAAAUGGUGAGGUUCGUGCGAAUCGAAAGUCUUUGAAUCGAGCACGUGGACUCCAGAUCACGCAUCAGCGGUUGACAGCGGAUCGAUAAGCCUUUAUGUACGAACGCGCAACUUGCCAUGUAACGUGUAUUUGCAACCUGCAUCAAUCAUGGCGGGAAGUGCUACCUUGACAGCAGGGCCACUGGCGUCGCUGUUCAAACUACCGAAUACGGAAAUUUUGCAGAAAACAAUCGAUCACGGCAAAUUCGAGU